CUGCGCUUGAAUUUCCAUAGAUUUGCCUACGAACAGUAAUGAAAGAGCUGGGGUCGCAUGUUGAGACACACAGUCCACAGGUCAGCAUGAUGAUGGAGAGGAUCUUGCUGGGUGUCUUGAGUCUCUCAGGGUGGAUCAUCCCCUCCAUAUGCCUUCACCGUCAGUACCACUAUGUUGCUGAUUUAAAGACUUGGACUGAAGCUGCCUCCUACUGCAGACGGACAUACACAGACCUGGCCAGCAUUGAAAACACUGAAGAAAUGAACCAACUUAUGAACACUGUUUCAUCUUCCAGCAACAGCCCUGAAGUCUGGAUUGGUCUGAGAAGUGCAAUCGUCUGGAGGUGGUCUGAUGGCUACAGAGGGACUGGGUCUAGACACAGGAACUGGAGAACUACUUAUAAUGAACCAGAUUUUGGUUCAGGUGUUCAGUUCUGUGUGUUCACUAGAGGUGAUGGAAAGUGGUUCGAUCAUUUUUGCUAUAGUGAAAUUCCAUUUAUCUGUUACAGAGGAACACAGCUGGAUCCUGAAUUUGUUGUUGUGAAUGAAAGAAUGAGUUGGUCCAGUGCUCAGAGGUACUGCAGGGAGAACUACAUAGACCUGGCCAAUGUGAGGAACGACACUGAGACCCAGGAGAUCCAGAGUUUGGUGUGGAGUGGAGACUAUGCAUGGAUUGGCCUAUUUAGAGAUCCCAAUUUCAAUUGGUCUGAUGGUAGCAACUACAAAUUCAGCUACUGGGAUGCCGUUAAAAACCCACUUGGCUCAUUGACACAUGUAUGUGCUGUUGCUAUGCAAAGUUCAGGAAGAUGGAGGGCUUUUGACUGUGAAAGGAGAUUACCGUUUGUCUGCUACAGCCUCCCUGUAAAGAGGCAGGUAGUAAGACUGAGGAAUAAGCCGGAGGACUCCUCUCUGGAUCUGAAUGACCCUGCUGUGAAAGCAGACAUCCUGAAAAAGCUCCAGGCCAGACUGGAGACGAAAGUAGCGGGAGCCACCCUGAAAUGGAGAGAGCAGCCUGAUGGGAAGGUCUUCUUCAAGGAAGGGAAAAGUUCUAAGAAGAAAGAAAGAAAAAAGACGGAGCUCUGA